CGACGUCACUUCACGUCUGGCAGCACUGUCGGUGUGUGUGUUAUCGAGGAGGUUCGAUUUAUUGAAUAGAAUGUAAUAUCUUAGUUUGCAAAUUUUUGAUUAUAUUUAUUAAAUAGAAUGUAAAAUCUUGUAAUUAAGCACAAAUGCCAACGCAUAACAUCAUAACUUGUCCGAAAAUUGUGCGUUAACUAUUUCCAAUAGUUUGCCAGUGUCGCGCACACACACACACAUAUAUAUAUAUAUAUUUGGUUUCAAAUAGGGAGGAGGAAACCCAUUGAUUUGUACUGGAGAAAAACUACAACUUGACUGAAAAUGAAUAUAAACACAAUGUUGGCCACGACGACCAGCACGACAGCACAACAAAUGCAGAGUUUUCACUCCCGUUGCGGUCGUUCCAUACGCCUUUACAAUGGCAAUCGUUCGGCUCAACGUUCUAUGCGGGAUUUCAGUCAUGCCUUGAUAUUCAGUGCGGAGCCGCUAGAGGACGAUGUCCUCUUUGAGGUUGUUAUAGAAAAGAAAAAUCAUUCCUGGGGCGGCAGUAUUGAAAUCGGUGUAACAUCCGAGUCACCAGAUGAUCUGGAAUUGGUCGCCUGUGCCACAGCAAUGCGGAAUGGAACUUGGGUUAUGUCUGGCAUUGAUGUACGCAAAAAUGGUCGACGUCUGCUCGAGUUUUAUGGCACUGAUCUCGAGACUCUAAAUGAGAAUGAUCGUGUGGGUGUGAUGCGGACAUCGGGUAAUGAUUUGGUGUUCUAUGUAAAUGGCGAAUCUCAAGGUGUGGCUGCUAAAAAUAUGCCCAAACCACUGUGGGCUUUAGUUGAUCUCUAUGGACGCUGUGUACAAGUUUCACUCUGUCCUCGCGAGGGAGAACUUCUAGAUUCGCCACUACAGCAGCCUUUGCAGCAAGUAGUACAGAAUCUCGAUGUCGCUAUGAGUGUUGAUGUAUGUGUGGACCAGCAGGUGGCAAGUGCUCCUAGUCUGGAUGCUUUGUCGCGUCUCAAUCUCAAUGGAAAUGGUAGCACCACAAAUGGUACGGAUUUUGUCUACGAUAUCAAUGAUCGCCUUCGAUUCCAUACACGUUGUGGCUCAUUGGUGAAACUAUCACCAAAUUUUCGUUCCGGUGAACGACGUCGUCCCCUGGAUGAGUUCAAUAAUGGUGUCGUCAUGACCCAUCGUCCGCUUAGGGACAAUGAAUUAUUUGAAAUACGCAUCGAUAAGUUAGUCGACAAAUGGUCGGGAUCCAUUGAAGUUGGUGUGACCACACAUAAUCCCACGGUUCUGCAUUUUCCUGCCACCAUGACCAAUAUGCGUUCGGGCACCAUUAUGAUGUCCGGAUGCGGCAUCCUAACCAAUGGCAAGGGCACGCGCCGUCAAUACGGAGAAUUCAAUUUGGAUGAGCUAAGGGAAGGUGAUCGUGUUGGAAUGAUGCGUAAAUCCAAUGGUAAUUUGCAUUACUAUAUCAAUGGCCAAGAUCAAGGGGUGGCUGCCACCCGUGUCUCCAACACACUGUGGGGUGUCAUCGAUCUAUAUGGCAUGACCAUUAAAGUAACCAUUGUGGAUCGUGAUGAACGUGAGCAACAGAAUUUGGUCACUAGACGUAAUAAUAUUGUGGCUGCUGGCAUGACUCUAGCAGGCAUACAGAGCCAGCAGCAGCAGCACCAGCAGCAUCAUCAGCACCAUCAUCAACAUCACCACCAGCAGCAGCAACAAUCGGGUACACCCACUUUGAGUCUACUCAGCCCAGAGAGUGAAAUGCAAGUGGCUGGUGCCGUAAGUGGUCUAAGUGAAACCAUAUCCAGUACACGAGCCAUUGCCCGUAACGAUGAUCGUUUAACAUUUCAUCAUAUAUGCGGCACUCAUGCCAAAGUCACGCAAAGUGGACGCACUGCUCUACGUCCCAAUGCUGCCGAUGAUUUCAAUAAUGGUGUGGUUCUCACUCGUCGCACUUUGCGUCCCAAUGAACUGUUUCAGGUGCGUCUGGAACGUGUGGUCACCAAAUGGGCUGGUUCCGUUGAAAUGGGCGUUACCACACACACAGCCGAUGAACUGGAUUUUCCCUUUACCAUGACAAAUGUGCGAUCUGGCACCUGGAUGAUGACUGGCAAUGGUGUCAUGCAGAAUGGUGUCACUGUCAUCGAGCAAUAUGGUCAAAAUCUUGAUCGGCUUCAAGUGGGCGAUCGUGUCGGUGUUGUACGCAAAGAUGAUGGCACUCUUCACUUUUGGGUUAAUGGUGUCGAUCAGGGUCCAGCGGCUACCAAUGUACCCGAACGUGUCUAUGGAGUAAUCGAUCUUUAUGGUCAGGCUGCCCAGGCCAGCAUUGUGGAUACCUCCGAAUGUGGCAGUCCCGACACGGGUAACUCAACAAUCUCAAAUACUACGCUGUACAGCGAAGUUCCAUUACGUUUUCAUAGUAUACAUGGUGCGAAUGCGGGCAUAUCGAAUAGUGGAUUGACUGCAUCACGUCCCAAUUCAUUGGCCGAGUUCAAUGAUGCCAUUGUCUUUAGCAAUCGCCCGUUGCGUCAGCGUGAACUCUUCGAAGUGGAACUCGAGACAAUGGUACGCCAUUGGUCGGGCAACAUAGAAAUCGGGGUGACGGGCACCCGGCCCGAAGACAUUCAAUUGGCACCAAAUGCCACCGAUUUGGAGGCGAAUGAUACGAUCAUUCUGUGUGGCUCCAUGAUCUUUCAUAAUCGUAAAACCAUACGCACGAAUGUUCUCAUAGACUUGGACACUCUGGGACCCAAUACGAGGGUCGGUGUGAUGCGUAAUGGUGAUUUUAUACAUUUCUUUGUUAACGGAAUGGAUCAGGGGCCGGCAUGCGAAUGCCAUGCACCCAAUAUCUAUGCCAUUAUCGAUCUCUAUGGCCAGUGUGCGCAGGUGAGUCUGACACAGACUCAACUGGAUAUUAGAGCACCCUAUGCGACCAGUGAGAAUUCGCAAAGUUGUCAGGCCACCUCUGUGAUACAACAUCAUCCGGGAGCAUUAGAAACGAAACAUCGUUGGACGUGUGUAUCGGGUAAUGUUAGUUUAACCAAAGAUUGGACAGAAGCUACACGAUUUAUUGGCCCAUCGGCUGCUCUUUCGCAUUGUUUGGUCUUUUCGGAGCAUCCCUUGAGUAUGGGAUCACCGUUUGAAAUCAAAUUGACCUCGAUUAAUCCCAUGUUUGCGGGCUGUCUCAGCAUAGGCAUCACGGAUCUCAAUCUGAGUGAUGAAAGUGUACGCAAGAAGUUACCAACUAGUAUUAAGCGCAUUCCCGCCAAUGUCUGGUAUGUCAGCGGGAAUGAAGUUCGCUUUAAUUCCAGCUGCCUGCAACGUUCUUUGGCCUCAUUGGCCUGGCUACGAUGCGAUGAUCGCAUCACAUUGGAACGUGUGGAAAACUCCUUGAAUAUGCUUCUCAAUUCAGAGAAUGUGAAUAUACAAUUCCAAAAUAUACCCAAUGAUGUCUAUGUGGUUGUUGAGCUGCGUGGCUCGACAAUGGGUGUUCAGGUGAUAUCAUCUCAGGGCCCCGCGGGCUCACCCUUGCGUCCUUGUAGUCUUCGUCUACAGGAUUCCAUGGACUUUGGCAUGGAUCCUUUGAAUAAACAAGAUAGCUCAAUGCUCGAAUCAAUUGACUCGGAGGCCCAGAACUAUGAAUUUGUGGAUAUAACACAGAAACACAUACGUCUCGCCGAUGAUCGACGCAGUGCCGCAAGAAUCAAGUCCUACAAUCAGGCCAUUGUCUGCCUUAAUAAACCUUUGUGCAAGGGUGAGAGCAUAAGCAUUAAAGUCGAUGCCCUCAAUAAUAAAUGGCGUGGCACACUCGGCUUGGGUGUCCUCUCGGCCAGUCCACAAACGUUGCCCAUCUCCUUGCUCAAUUGCAAACGCAGUUGCUGGCUAACCACCAAUGACUAUGUGAACAUCAAUGGCCAAGUGAUGGCAUCAAAAUAUGGUGAAGCUCUGGAGCACAUUCAAGUGGGCACAGUCAUCACAUUGACCCUGACGCAUGCCGGCAUGCUGAUAAUUAUGGUUGGUUCAACAAAUUUGGAGGAUUUAGCCACCGGACUGCCAGGACAUGUAUAUCCCGUCUUUGAUAUCUAUGGAAAAUGUGAAAAGAUCUCACUUAUAACUGGAAAUGAUGCGACUCGAAAUGGCAACAAUGCCAAUGGCACGCCGAUACUAGAAGCCCCCGAAGCCCUCGAAUUAGAUAAUGGAAUGCCGCAGCAAUGCGAAAAGGCUCACCUAGAGAUGCAUGAAAAGGAGAAGGAGACCGAGCCGAUGAGCGAUAGUGCCAGAGAUGGUCCUUCUACGUCGGCAGCGCCUUCAAAUGCCAUGACACGUUCGGUGAUGGAAAGCGUUUCGGAGAAUCUAUUGUUAAAUAUAUCGAUUAAGAAUCGCACAUUGGAGCAGCAACGUAAUGAUUUGGGUGGUUCUUCAUCUACAUGUUGUUUGCGUGAAUCUUUGCAACUGCAGCACAAUACAAAUCUCAAUAUACAACGCAGUCAAAGUACUCAGCGUUUCCAAAAUUCCCUUAAUACCUCAACAACAACAGCAGCGGGAGCAUCAGCAGCUGGGGCAACCACAACAAACAACACUGGAGCAGGAGGAGCAACAGCACCACCGUCAUCAUCAUCAGCAGCAGCAGCAGCAGGAUCAUCAACUGCAGCAGCAAAUCUGUCUACGAAUCUCCCACAACAUUUAAGCAAUUCAAUUGUCUAUGAUACAAACAAAGAAUAUGACGAAUUGCCAUUAUCCUCAAAUGCAGCCAUAACCACUUCUGGAUCGUUGGGUGAGCCAGCGACAGCAACAACAACAAUAGCUGGCACAACAUCAACCACCGAGCAAUUGGAGAAUAAUAUCGAUGUGGACAUUAAUAAUGAGCGUGAAUUGAGCAAUGAAUUGGUAGCGGCUGCUACUGUGGGAGUUGGAGUGGGAGCGGGAGCUAAUGGGGGAGCUGGCGAUAAUGUUCUGGAAGAUGAUGAAAUUGAUUAUAUGAAUCAUUUAUUACUGCUGCAGCAGCUGCAACAGAAUGAAUAUACACGUCAUCAUUUAAUGCCAGAUCAGGCAUUGGAUUUGCCCUCAUUAAACUCAUUGGAAUCGGUGGAUACAACAACAAAUUCAUUGAAUCAACAGCGUGCCGAAUCGUUGCGUUCGGCCACGGCGGCGCCUUCCAGCUUGGAGCAACAGCAAAACGAUUGCGAGUAUUUGAAGCAAGUGAAACGUUUCUGUGCCUCACUGGUUCUGCCGCAGGCUUUCUUUGAUAGUCGCUUGGAGCCAAUAUGUUUCUGCUUGAAUUGCAGUGGCUUGCCCAGCAAUGGCAUUGGAGGUGAUAAACUGGAGGGUUGGGUCUACUUUAAGUUAAACCAGCAGACAGUCAAUAUGCUUAGCACAUCCAUGACAACGACAACGACAACAACAGCAACGACGACCGGAACGACGGGCACAACCGGAGGUGGUGGUGGUGGUGGUGGAGCGGGGGGAGCAGCAACAGCAAGUGGAGCUUCCUCAUCCGGGACUCAGCAGGGUCAGCAGCAGCAACAGCAGGUACAUUUCGAUCUCAAUGGCGAUUGGUUGCCCUUCUACUAUAUGACACGAGUGGAUAAAAUUCGAGCCAUUUUGGAUCGUGGCCAACCGCUGCCCCUCGACACAGACGAAGAGUCGGCGGCUACCCAUAAAGAUGAGCCAGGCACACGCUUGGAAUUGUAUUACUCACCCAAUGCCACGGUAAUUGAACCAGUUUUGCCUCAACAUCAUUAUGUCUCCGAACUGGGAUUACAUCGUAUAUCGACAUCAUUUGAAGUCUAUGUAAGGCGUCAGUCCAUUUCGGGUGUAACCACCACAGGCAAAUCGGCAGCGGAUGUGAAACGACGCAGUCUGGAUAAUGAGGCAGCUGCCAACAGUCAGUCAUCAGCAGGAGGGCAAACUGAUGGCGGCGGAGGAGGAGCUGCUGCUGUUGCUGCUACUGCACCUCCCGCUCCUGCUUUAAGCGAAUCAUCUCUACAUCUACUUAAUGAUCUCUGCUGGUUUACCAAAGAGGCUGGAGCCUGCAUAAUCAAUGCCUUGAUUAUCAAAUUAGAUCGUAUUGAGGAUCAAAGCUCACAUUAGAAAGAGAGAGAGCUGAGAGCUCUCUAGGCCUUACUCGUCUGACCUUACCAACACUCGCACACUCUCACACACUAGUCAAACAUUAAAAUUUAUCAAAUUUAUACUCACUAAGUCAUCAUUAUAAAAUACUCCUAAACACAAGCAAGCAGCUAAGACGCCUCGUAUCCUCCUACCUAUUCCUAUAUGCCGCCACAGCCUCAGCCGUGCAGCAGCCUUCGCCGCCGCCGCCUCCAAAAACCAAAAAUCAUUAAAAACAAAACAAACAAAAAAAAAACGCAUACGCAUUCCUCUCAAUCUUUGUAAACGAUGAGUUUUUAUAUAUUGUAAGAGCCAAUAAAAUUUAAUCACAAAAGUUUGAA